GAUAUUACAUCCGCGAAAAAUUGGACCUUGACAGCUUCUUGCUGUGUAGAAAUUUCAAGGAUUAUAAAUGCUAAAGUUUCAUUUGCUUUCUUGCAGAGUACGUGCCAAGGCCAAAGUGUGUGUAGCAAUGGCAUGGCAAGUGUCAUGUGCUCCAUCAGAUGUGGUGAAAGGUAUUUUCGACAAAGUCAUUGGAGGAUUCAAUCCUUUCUGCACGGGUGACAGAGAUCCUUGGUCAACGAAAAUCGAUAGUUGUGCUCCCUAUAGAAUACCUUAUCGUGAACCCGUAUGUCAGGAUUGUAAAUGCAACAGGUCUGGCGAUGGGCGAGGAAACCAAAAAGCUUUAGACGAUGACGAAGAACUGUCGGGAGGACUUAUCGGAUUCAUUGUUUGCAUAGCAGUCAUUGUUUGCAUUAUUGGUCUUAUAACUUGCUAUCUCAAAUUUCGCCGUUGUAUUGAAGACUUGCCUGAUAGAGCAGAAGUUCCUUAGGAGUCUACCGAACCUCCACGUGACAGAGUAUACGAGGAAUUGCCCGGAACCCGCCAGUAGUUCCCGUAGUUAAAAUGACAUGUGAGCUUUCAUUUCGUUAUGUAACGAUUGGAUUUUAAGUUCGAGUUUUUCUGCUAGCGCUAAAAAUAUAUAAAACUCAACGUAGAAACUAUGAAACCAUGCUAAGCUCAGCAAAGCGUAGACAUUAUGGCCUGCAUUCUUUCCAAUCCACUCCAACAGAAAAAGUCCACUUUGUGUCUACUGACUGCUUACCUGCUUGCAAUGCGGAAAGAAAAUCCUACUAGUGACACAAUUCGAGGUAAAGUAAAGGAAAUUUUUCUGUAAUAGCAGAUAGUAUGAGCUACUGUGGCCAAAACGUGCCACGACAAUUUCAUUUUAAUCACGGCAAUUUCAGUUUAACCACGGCAAUUUCAAUUUGACCACGGCAACUUCAAGUUAACCACGGCAAUUUCAAUUUGAUCACGGCCACUUCAAUUCAGCUAAGGCAAUUUCAAUUUGAUUACGGCAACUUUACUUUCACCAAGGCAAUUUUCAAUUUUUGAGCGCGGCAAUUUCAAUUUGAUUCAUGGCUCGAGUUGUCUCGCGACGCAGUCAGGGGAAAUUUUAAAUAGAAACUAGUGAGCAGCACUUCUGCGAACAUUAGUUGUAGAACUUCUUAAUUUCCGACGCGUUUCGUCCAACUGUCGUUGACUUCUUCAGGGAGUUUUGCAAGUAUAAAUAAUAUUAUAGUUUAUUUUUGGAAAAUUAAUUGCCGUGGUCAACUUGAAAUUAAUAUUGCCGUGGUUAAAUUGAAGUUGCCGUGAUCAAAUUGAAAUUGCCGUGAUCAAAUUGAAAUUGCAUGGCAUUUUUGGGCAGCCGUCAUGGGCGUACUUGGCGGGAGAAACCUUCGAACGUUGUCCCGCUCCUAACUUCGAAGCAUGGAAACUAGUCAACGGCGCAAAGGUUGCUGGGAGGAUUAAAAUGGCGGAGACUAUAGCCAGUUAUCAGCUUGGAGAAUUUGGUCGUGAUUCGUUAGUUUCUGGACAAUUGUAAGGUACAAUGAAUGCUUUUAAACCUGUAAUACUACCACCAGGCUAAAAAUAAAACUUGAAUGCUUGAACUGA